UACAUUCAGCGCAGUGUAGAUGUUGUCUAUCUCUUCUUCUGGGCCAGAUGCGAAGCAUCGCGCGCUGAGAGGAGUUGCGUUGUGCGGACCGGCUGUCGCCAGCCGUCUUGUCAGUGACCUGCAAUAUUGUACACAACAGGGCUGCGUGCGUGAAUCUCGUGCAAUUCGGGGGAAAGGUCUAGCUAAAGAAAAGGACAUUUUAAUUAGAGUGUGGCUGCUGUAGUCUUCUCCCUCUUAGCGAGUGUGUGUUGUGGACUAGGGGCUCUCUCGCGCGCUGAUUGCGCUCUCAGACACGCAGUAAGCUCGCGGCGCACCACUCCUCCUCGAGACGGGCUGCACGCGCGUGCCGGAUUGUUGCACCUCUCGCCCUGGUGUGAAAUUAUUUGAAUGCCUAAUUAGACCCGCACCUGAACGACGAUGACUGACGCCUUGGCUCCGGAUCCUAGUCCCAUCCCGGACCCCACUAUCGUGGAUCCAUCGGCUCAAAACGGGCAGUGCGACCCUCCAGAUCAGCAGCUACCUAGCAGACCGAGUCAGGGAGACCCGUUCACCAUGGACCAGGAAAUGAAAAUUAGCGACAAUGUUGAGGACAAAGGUUUAUUGGAAAGCAGCACACGACUGAAACCACAUGAAGCACAGGAGUACCGCAAGAAGGCCUUAUGGGUAUCCUGGCUGUCCAUCGUAGUGACACUCAUCCUGGCUGUAGCCGCUUUCACUGUUUCGGUGAUGAGACACAGUGCGUCAGCCUUUGGCUUUGCUUUCGAUGCAACGCUGGACGUGCUGUCCUCCAUUAUCGUGCUGUGGCGUUACAGCAACGCAGCUGCUGUCCACUCUGCACACAGGGAGUACAUAGCCUGUGUGAUCCUGGGUGUGGUGUUCAUUCUUUCGUCCAUCACCAUACUGGUCAAAGCCACCCAUGACCUGGUCACCAAGCUGCAGCCUGAAGUGGAUGACUUCCUCUACAGCGUGUCCAUCGUCAGUGGGAUUACGUGCCUCAUCCUGUGUGUGUUCAAGUUCCUGCUGGGCAGGGUGCUCACCAGCCGGGCCCUCAUCACCGACGGCUUUAACUCCCUGGUGGGCGGCGUGAUGGGCUUCUCCAUCCUGAUUAGUGCGGAGGUGUUCAAGCACGACCCAGAGGUGUGGUACCUGGACGGAACAAUAGGCCUCCUCAUUGGACUCAUCAUCCUGGCCUAUGGAGUCAAGCUGCUGGUAGAUAUGGUCCCUCGCAUCAGACAGACCAGGCACUACGAGAGAUUUGAGUGACAGUCGCCCACGGCAACGGGACAGGGGGACACAGGGGAGUGUGUUUGGAAAGGCUGGAUGACCUCAUCUCCGUGUUCUCUCCCCAACCUGCAGCAGCAACACACCCCAACACACGCACACACACAGUCCUCUUCCCUACACACACACACACACACACACACACACACACACACACGUAUUAAUACUGACCACGAGGUGUCAGUAGUAUUUUCCAGCCAGUCCUCUGUUACUGUUACAUUGCCUCACCCAGAACCCCCCUCCCCAUACACACACACCCCCUGACCAUGUCACCGGCUCAGCCUCUGCUAUGUAAAUAAUCCAUCUGAGAGCAGAGCUUCAUGGGUAAUCGCUCUCCGGUUUGAGGACGUGCGAUGUAGUAUUGCCUCUGGGAGACAGCACCCCUGUUCUGUCCAGAUUCUGCUGCAACCUUCCGUCAUCUCCUGGUUAGGUAUGUCUCAUGACUGUCUUCUAGGAAGGAGGCCUGUAAAUGUUUCAUGAGACUGUUGAA